AGAAAGGCGUUGAAGCUAGAAGAAGAUCCUGCUCGAUCCAUCUUUGAUAAAAAAAAAUUCUCCAUUUUUCUUUAGUGUUCACGAGGGAGAGGACAGAGAUUAAUGGGUUUUGAUAAUUAACAGGUAUGGAUGUUUUUGGAUUGAGACGCGAUCGCGGAAAGUAGAAAAAUCGAUCGGAAAAAAAAAAGAAAGGCAAGGAAGGGAUAUUCGAAACCCUAAUCUCGAUUGUAUCCCUCAACAUCUGGGAAAGCAUCGAUUGUGGGGAGGAAAAAAAAGUUAAGAGCUUUGCAUCGAAUUUGAUUUUCUGGGUUUGGCGUGAUGGGUUUCAUAAAGAAGUUAACGGGGAUUUUUGGGUUCGGGCACAACGAUGGUGGGCACGGAGUUGCGAGAGAUGGAGAUGGUAACGGAGAUAACACAGGAACAGUCUCCGGCGACGGAGAUAAACGACGGGAGGAUAAUCAGCCGCGAUUCCGUGAAACCGGACUUCCAAGGAGAGGUUUUGGCGUACCGGUUCAAGUCGCCGUUGAACGGUCAAAUCCUGGUCCUAUUCUUCAGCCUUGUGCAGCUUCUGACGGUGGAGUUCAGGGACUACGUUGGUACUCAACGCAGCUAAGGAUUGAUGAAGACGGAGAUGUUGCAGACGAGUUCUUGGAAGAUCAUAAUUGUAAGACUUUGCCAAGAAGAUGCAAAACAAAAGCUGCAAAAGUGAGAGGUUUAGUGAUAUCUUCUGAUGGGAAACUUCAGCCAUUAAUGCAUUGAGCAAUGAACAACACCAAGGAGAAAGAUUUGCUGAAUAGUGUGUGAUUGAACCAGAGAAAGGUUAGAACCUGUGUUUCAUUAGCCAUUUAAUCUCGAUAUAAAUCGAUUAGAUUCUGGUUGUUGACACAAUGAAAACUUUGAAAAAAUGUUAUUUAACUGUGAAUUUUGUUUAUGAAAAAUAGACAGCGACUCUCUUUGGGAUUGUCU